GCAAACGGUGGAGAGAGGCUGCUCCGGAGCCAGGCCACGCGUUCGUGACCGUGACAGGACGGCUCGCCCUCCCGUCGGGGCCUGUCAGCACCCCUCGGUCGCCUUCGUCAGUGGCAGUGGGGCCGACAUGUGCCUAUGACCAUGGAGAUGAAGGACUCGGGCAGCGUGGUCCUGACAGCCUACCAUCCCCACAGCCCGGCCAGGAUCCCGGGCAUGGAGCAGAGCUUUGUGCAGGACAUCCCCCCCAGCCAUUCGCCCACCGGCAGAAAGUCUCUCCCUCGUUGUCGAAGAAUUAACAGGAUGCUUUCCAAUGAGUCGACACCUCCUCCUGCGUUCAGUCGCUCCAACUCACAGGCCUCCAUGGACAGCACCUCCAUGGAGGACUUCUGGUGUGAAGUGGAGAGCAUCAAGGAGAGCAGUGAAGAUGGAUCUGAAGAAGCAACACUCUUGGAGUUCAAACCCGCUGAUGAAGGGGAGCUGGAGGCAGAAUGGCUGCAAGAUGUAGGUUUAUCUACAUUGAUCUCGGGAGCUGAAGAGGAGGACGGCCAAGCCCUACUGUCCACUCUGACCCGAACCCAAGCUGCUGCCGUACAGAAGAGGUACAACACCUACACUCAGACCCUCAGGAAGAAGAACAAGCACACAGUCCGGGAUGUGCGAGACAUCUUUGGCACCAAUGACUCUUCUCCCACAUUUGAGACAGUUCCAGUGUCACCAGUUCCUUCUAAUGGUAUCCAGCUUCCUGGGCAGAAGCCAGUUUGGAAAUCAGUUAGCUCUAAUAGUUGUCUAGACUGUGGACUAGAUAAAGGCAGCCCAUCCGUAACAGAAGAGCUCUCCUAUGAGGUCUCUUUCUCAGAGUCCAUAACGAUCUUUCCAAAAACCCAAGAAUGGCCGAAAAACCAGAGGUUCAAAAAGGAAGAUGCUGCUUUGCCUAAAUUCAUUGUUCGGAAAAGCCGGUUUGGACUGACAGAGGUUGGAGACCUCUCUCCUGAAGACAUGAAGAAGAUCCGCUACCUCUCCCUGAUUGAGCUAACGGCCUUCUAUGAUGCACUGGGGGUAGAGCUGAAGAGGAACCGCUCAGAGAGGGUGCGGGGACGAGAAAAUGGUCUGUUUGGAGUCCCUCUCACCGUACUGCUGGAGAAUGAUCAAAAGAAGGUUCCUGGAAUAAAAGUUCCCCUCAUCUUCCAAAAAUUGCUGCUCAAGCUUGAGGAAACAGGUUUAGAAACAGAAGGAAUUCUACGAGUGCCUGGUUCUGCCUCCAGAGUCAAGAAUCUCCAUCAAGAACUUGAAGCAAAAUUUUAUGAAGAUACUUUUGACUGGAACCAAGUACGAAAUAAUGAUGCAGCAGGACUGCUGAAAAUGUUUAUAAGAGAACUCCCAAGUCCACUCUUCACAGUAGAAUACCUGCCUGCUUUCAUCAUGCUAGUGGAAAAAAUCUCCAAGAUCAAGUUACAGCUACAAGCUUUGCAUCUGUUGAUCAUGCUGCUGCCUGAAGCCAACAGAGACACAGCCAAGGCCUUUCUUCAGUUCCUGAAGAAGGUGGUUGCUAAUGAAGGGAAAAAUAAAAUGAAUUUGUGGAAUGUUUCUAUGAUCGUUGCACCAAACCUCUUCAUCUACAAAGGGAAACGUGCAAACCAACAAGAAAUGCAAGCUGCCGCCACCACAGCGCACAUUGUGAGGCUUUUAAUUCGGUACCAGGACAUCCUGUGGACAAUCCCAUCCUUCCUGAUUUCCCAAGUGAGAAAAAUGAAUGAAGCAGCAAUGAACAACAGCAAGAGGCAGCUGAUGUUUGACAAAGGAGUGAGAAAACUUCUGAGGAGAAAGACCAUGGAACGGGAGAGACCUGAAAGACCAGAGGGAGCUGUCACUUUUCCCCCAUAUCUGCAGUCUGAUAUACCUGAGGGGGUGAUAAGAGUUUAUGCUCCACUGCAUUCAAAAAUCUCUAUGGCAAUUCAACUCAACAGCCAAACAAAAGCCAAAGACAUCCUGGCUCGAUUCCACUGUGAAAACAGGUCAGCACUGUUUGGAUCCGGAUGCAUUCAUGUUAGAUGUUUACCGUGCAAAUCCUCAGGCAGAAUGGGUGAUAAAGCCAAAAGCAAGCUGAAGCAGAAGGCUGCGAUGUACUGGACAAAAGUCAAAUGGACAACAGUGAUGCCUGCCAUUUUAAGAAGCUUUUGGCAGAGACAAAACAAAAUGGUAGCUACAGGACAUCAUUCCUUCCAACUGUACUGUCCAGCUGAUGUUCACCAUGUACCACUUUUGGUAUAAGCAUUAUCACUCCAGCUUCUGGACCAUCUGAAAAUAUCACAUCAGUUAUGCUUUUAUAUGGGUUACACUUGUGCCAGUUGGCCCAGGAGUUAAGGACGGACCAAGGUACGGUGUACAGAAAACAACCGGUCACAUACAGAGUUACUUAUUUCCUGACCUGGUGUUAGAACAUGAGUUUUUGGAAAGAAUCCAUUGGCAUCCGUGGAUGCAUGAAACACUACCAAUCACAGCUUAACACAGAAGCAUCACGGAGACCUUCAAGAAGAAAAGGUAUCUGUCAAGUGUGGAAGAGAGGAGCUUGACCUGCAGCAGUGCCAAGACAUAGCUGUGUGACAAAAUCAAACCUUUCUGCUGAAAGUAAACCUGUACAGUGUGCAUUACUGCAAUAUUUAUGUCUCUCAGUCACUCCUCAUGAGUACCUGAUGCCAGAGGAGGGGGGGAGGGAUGGGGGCAGGAAGAACUACUGUGUAGACAGCUAUACUGCUUUAUGUAUGUACCACUGUAUGAUUACUACCAGUCUUCCAAAAUUGUCUAUCUGGAUCACAUCACUGUGCAACUGUAGCACCACAAUCCAUUUGCUCCUUCCUUCCCCCAUCACACACAGAAACUUUGGGAGACAUGCUGGGCGAGAAGGGGCAUAUUCCCCUGGCUCUGCCUUUUACUUGAUACUCUCAGAUUUAUGUCUGUGUAAUGCCAUAAUAUGAGAUAUGUGUUAAUGGUGCCACUUAAAGCCAUCAUAUUUUUGUUAAACAUUAUAAUUUCUUAAUUUGUAACCUAAUUAUUUUUCUUUUGUUUAUUUUAGCUUUAAUAUGUAAGCAACUUUUAUACUAUUCAGCUGCACUGAGAAGAGAGAUCUUUGUCUGGACCUUGUAUAAUAUUGCAUGGAGAAGAAAAAGAGCUUCCAAUGAGCCGAGGGUUUUAAUUUUCUUAUUUAACAUUUACACAUUAGGGCCUUAAAACCAUAGCCAAAUCAGGCCCAGUUGUGCUGAGGGUUUAUACAAAUAUGUAGCAAAUUGCAGCUCCUUUACAGAUGCCAUGCAGUCUAUAAAAACACACAGGCUGACAAGAGAACAGUGGGCUGCAACUGCAUUCAGAAUGCAUCGUAGGAAAUGUAAGACAGUAUAUCUAGUUUAUAGCCAGUCACAAGGGUGAGCACCAUUCUUCACUUAAUUGUCUUGUUUUGGGCUAUACUUGAUAGAACUAAAGCAUGUUUAUUGGGUAGAGAAAUCACAAGUCUCUGGAAAACAGCAAGUUUUUCUUUUUCAUCUUUGUCUUACUCAAAAAAUGGGAACUAAUGCCUUCAACUGCACUGCAAUGUCUCCAUCAUCGGAUGAUGAUAUUGCACAAUUAAUUCACUCGCAGUCUGCACAGUGAGUUUUGUUCCUGAUCUGGACACACAGGUGAGGCAGAAGCUGCUGCUCUGUUUACCAGGUAACAAUAUAAAAGCGUUCUGAACCAAGUCCUCCAGGUGACCAUAAACUACGUUGUCCUGCAGAGAAAGCCUGUAACUUGUGAUGCUCUGCUGAAGCUGUGAGACGAUUUGCACAUUCUAGAAACCCUGCUUCUGGUUUAAGUUAAUCGUGUUUCUCCAGUAGUUAACUUUAAUUCUUAGUAUUCAGUGAAAGAAAUCAAUAUCGAAUCUGUAAUUUUACCACCAACAGUAACAUCUACAGAGGGCAAAGCCCAUCCUUCUUUUUUACCUUCUUCAGAUAAAAUACGAUAAAAUUUAGAAACAUUAUCCUUUAAUUUUCUUUAAAACCGUGAAAUUUUUAACUUUUUUUUUUUUUUUUCUUAACACUAAUGGAUGCAUAUUUGCAGCCAGAAAAAGACUGGGACAGUUAUAUUAUAAAAUACACCACCUAUUUUGCCAACUAUUUAUUUUAAGUAUAUGAGAGAUAGUAGAUCUGUGAUUUGUUCAUUGGACUAAGCAUAAACAUUUUGUCAAGUGCUUUGUUCCUGAUUCCCUUUAGUUCCCCCUGUGGCAAUGGACAUCUCUCUCUACUAUGCUGUCAUUUUCUUUUAGCUGUAAAACAGGACUAGUACUUUCCUUGUAAAGGUAACAUGAGAAUUAGUUGAGUUAAAUUCUGCUCUCAGAUAAAGCCAAACAACUCCCAGAGCAGAACAAGAGUUAUAAACAUCCAUCUCAGAAGGACAAACUCAGCAAAGGGAUUUUAUGUGGAAAGUGCUUUGAAUACGAAGAGCAUCAUAUAAAUGCUAAGCAUCAUUUUAUUUAUAGCCAACGAAAGCUUUUAUGACUAUACAGAAAGCCUAAGCAUUAACUAAAGAAUUCAAAAUGUAGCAAAUGAGAUAACUUUCUACAGUACUUUCAGACAAACACAUUGACCUCCUCCUUCUUGCCCACUCGCUUCACUCUGUUUUUAAUGGCUAUGCAAGGGAAAGUACAGAGCACCCUGUGUUCACACUGUCACCCUGAAAUGAUGACUUCAUCAAAAUUAUUUCUGAAAUAGAUCUCACUCUUCCAUAGAGGAUACAAGGGCUUUUUGGAAGACUUUCACCUUUUACCACUUUGCAUCUUAGGAAAGCCAAAUCUGAUGUAAUGAAAUCCAUCCUGUGAGCACUUAGUUUUAUACCAAAAUUGUCUAUAACUUUAUAAGACAUGCAUAUUAGCAGAUGAAUUAAGAUUGUAUGUAUAGUGACCAAACUACUGCAGCACGGCCAAAUACCUGCUGUCUCUGAAACAUAACGGCAAAAUUAUUUUUUGAUACAAAUGGACCUAAUGAUCCAUGUGUACUGUGGUUAAUACUGUCACACAUUAAGUUGUUUUGCCUUGUUGUGGUACACUAAAUUGAUUUAAUAUGCAGCAGACAAACUGAACAAUCUCUAUGACAUUUUUGAGCAUGACAUCUCAACUUUAGGCCUUGUAUUUUCAAAUGCCAGUGGAGGCACCAGGAAUUUUGUUGCUCCUAACAGCAGCUGAAAUCAAAACCAAAUUAUGAUAGGAUUGACACCUAACAAAAAGCAGUGUAUGUGGAAAAGUAUUAAUAAGAAAGUGGUAGCAAGCAGGGAGAAACUUAUUCAGCAAACUCCAAAGAUGCCUCAAGCAUUUAUGUCCUCUAUGGUUCUACAAAGACAGCAUUUUGCAUAUCAACACAUAGGGAGAGUGUAUUGGUAUUGGAAGUAUUGGAAAUGUAGGUAUUGGAAACAGACUGGAAUGCUCUAACCUGUCCACACAGCUAAUGUCAUUAGAAUGUGUGCAUAUGUGCAAAUGUGUCUGUGUCUGUGUCUAUGUAUAAUAUUAAACUACCUCACUCUGCAUUUUCCAGGAAAUAUAUUUUGGCUUAGAGGUUUAUCAAUAGAAAAUAAAACCUCUCCACUAGUCUUUUACAUUGAUAAAAAGUUUCUCCUUCUAAGGGGCAAGAUUUGGAAAUUAUAAAAAAAAUAUAUAUUGAGACAUAUUUCAGGAUACAGAUGAAAUUUUUUUCAUCUUGCCUCAAUUACUGUUUGCAACAUGAACCAUAUGAGAUUAGAUCUUUGGGUUAAUAGACAAUAAAUACAAACAUACUGUUUCAGUUUUUAUUUUUCAAUGGCUUUCCAUUAAUGUGCGUCUUCUCUAGAAAAUAGUAUGGUGCCACUAAUCAAAGCAAAAUAUUUGUACGUACAUUUCUCUUACAAUCCUCAUUAUGUUAUGUGUUUUGUUGAAGUAAGCCCGCACCUAAGUGUAUUUGUACAGCAGAUUGUGUCCAUUGUAUUGUAUCUGUGUCAAAAAUAAAAACAAUACCAACAAAGCAA